AAGGCAGGAACCCCCGGCAGGAGCGGUGAACGCCGAGGGUUAGCUGCGCAGCACAGCUGUAGAAGCUGCGCACACCGUACGAGCCAUGGAGCUCCUGUUCGCGCACGCCCGCUCGCUACGACUGUGGUGGUCUUCGAGUCGCUUCCCGUUAUCCCUGCGCUCGGGAACAGGCGGCCAACUGUGCCGCCUCGAAGACCUGUCUCCCGAGCAGCGCCACAACACUCACAUCCUGACCGGAUACCGGCGCUGCCGCAGCCACUACGAGUGCCUCUUGAGCCUGCUGCAAUGGCACAACGAGACGGUGAACAUCUGGAGCAACCUGCUAGCGCUCGCGUUCCUCCUCGCGCUCCUGGUCCAAGACCACGCCGGGGGACGCUUCGCGCGUCUGGGCGUGGGACUCGGGCAGCGAGCCUUGGUCACCGCCAUGACACUCUCGUACGCCGCCAUGUUGCUACUGUCGUCCGUCUACCACACGCUCAACUGCACGGCCGAGGCCCGCGGCUGGUACCGGCUCGACUUCGCCGGCGUCUGGCUUAGCGUCGUCGCCUACGUCGUGGGAUUCACGGCGCUCCAGUUUCGUGGCUCCUGGCGCGUGGCGCACGUCGUGGGCGCCGUCUUCGCCGCCGCCCCGUCGUUCGUGCUUGCCGCGUCGUCCCGCUACGUACACCACCGUCACGACGCGGCCAGGGUGAGAGCCAUGGGAUGGUUCGCGCUCUACAGUCUGCUCCCUCUGGCGCACUACGCCCUUUUCUACGGCGACCCGGCACUCGUGGCUCGCACGCUGCCCGGUCACGUGACGGUGCUGUUGCUCCUGGCCCUCUCCCUGUGCGUAUUCGUGACGAAGUUUCCCGAGCGGAGGUGGCCGGGCAAAGUGGACUACCUGGGCUCGAGCCAUCAGAUUUGGCACGUGGGCGUCGGCAUCUGCGUGCUCCUGGCGUACAGGAUACAGUUAGCCUACGUGACGCCACUCUAGCCAACACGCCGUGACUGCCG